AGGACAAAAAAAAAAAACAAAAAAAAAAAACCCAGGCUGCUAAUGAGUUGGAGCUUGGGCGGGUGGGAAGGAAAAACCCUUUUGCGCAGUCCUGCAAGCUUUUGCUCUGCACUCAGUCGCUCCACGCGCCGCUCUCUGGCCUCACCCUCCCCAGACGCUUGGGGCUGCCUCGAUUUCUCUCUCCGCCUGCGGGAAUCCAAGCCCCCUCUCCCCCACCCCCUGUGCCUGGCUCUUUCUCUCUUCCCUGGGGGACGGCUCUUUAAUUUCUUCACACCCGCCAGCCUGCGCUUCAGCGACCCUCUCGCGCCCCAGCCCCACACUUCUCCCAUCACUCUCGCCCUGCCGGCCAGGGGAACGCCCGGUCCUUGGAUGUAACCGGCUUGGAGGCCGAGUGAAACCGGAUGGAUUUUGGGAGCGUCAUGAAACAGGCAGCUACCCCGUGUGCGCCUCCCGUCAACUCUGAGCUGCCGGCCAAUGGGGAGAGCACCGCCAAGCAUGUAAACGCCACAGAAUCCACAAAAUCCUCCAAAAGUGCCCAGCCACGAGGCAGACCUUCCAGGAGCGUGAGUGUGGCCCAGACCAUGGAGGACACCUGCGAGCUGGACCUGGUGUACAUCACCGAGCGGAUCAUCGCCGUCUCCUACCCCAGCUCGGCCGAGGAGCAGAACUUCCGCAGCAACCUCAAGGAGGUGGCCCAGAUGCUCAAGUCCAAGCAUGGAGAUAACUACCUGCUUUUCAAUCUGUCCGAGCGCAGACAUGACAUCAGCAAGCUGCACUCCAGGGUGCUGGAUUUCGGGUGGCCCGACCUGCAUACGCCUGCCCUGGAGAAGAUCUGCAGCAUCUGCAAGGCCAUGGACACGUGGCUGAGCGCCGAGCCCCACAACGUGGUCGUGCUCCACAACAAGGGAAACCGAGGCCGGAUGGGAGUCGUGGUGGCCGCCUACAUGCACUACAGCAACAUUUCAGCCAGCGCGGACCAGGCCCUCGACAGGUUUGCCAUGAAGAGGUUCUACGAGGACAAGGUGCUGCCAGUCGGGCAGCCCUCGCAGAAGAGGUAUGUCCAUUACUUCAGCGGCCUGCUGUCCGGCACCAUCAAAAUGAACAACAAGCCCUUGUUCCUGCACCAUGUCAUCAUGCACGGGAUCCCCAACUUCGAGUCCAAAGGUGGUUGCCGGCCCUUCCUGAAGAUCUACCAGGCCAUGCAGCCGGUGUACACGUCCGGGAUCUACAACGUGCAAGGAGACAGCCAGACCAGCAUCUGCAUCACCAUCGAACCCGGACUGCUCCUGAAGGGAGAUAUCCUGCUGAAAUGCUACCACAAGAAGUUCCGCAGCCCUACCCGAGACGUCAUUUUCCGGGUGCAGUUCCACACGUGCGCCAUCCAUGACCUCGGCAUUGUCUUUGGGAAGGAGGACCUGGACGAAGCCUUUAAAGAUGACCGGUUUCCGGAGUACGGGAAGGUGGAGUUUGUGUUCUCAUAUGGCCCCGAGAAGAUCCAAGGGAUGGAACAUCUGGAGAACGGCCCCAGCGUCUCCGUGGAUUACAACACCUCAGACCCCCUCAUCCGCUGGGACUCCUACGACAACUUCAACGUCCGCCGGGAGGACAGCAUGGAGGGUACUUGGGCUGGUCCUCACCAGGUCCACAAAGCUCCGGACACAGAGCUUGGGCACACCCAGGGGCCGCUGGACGGGAGCCUCUACGCCAAAGUGAAGAAGAAAGACUCCCUCCACGGUAGCACCGGAGCCGUCAACGCCAGCCGCGCCCCCCUCUCCGCGGCGCCCAACCACCUCGAGCACACGCUCUCCGUCAGCAGCGACUCGGGCAACUCCACCGCUACCGACAAGACCGACGAGCAGGCGGCGCUUGGCGGUGGCCCCCCGGCGCUGACCCCCGAGGAGAAGCAAGAGCUCGAGCGCCUCUUGAGCGGCUUCGGCUUGAGCGAAGCCCCCAUGCACAACCGCCACCCAGGGGCGGCGCCGGCCGGCGGCUCUGCCCUCACGGGGCGCCACGUGGUGCCGGCCCAGAUACACGUCAACGGGAGUGCCGGCACCCUGGUGGCUGAGCGGGAGACGGACAUCCUGGACGACGACCUGCCCAACCAGGACGGGCACAGCGUCGGCAGCCUGGGCACCCUCUCCUCCUGCGACGGCACCACCAACGCCAGUGAGGUCGGCUACCCGGAGGUGCCCCGGAUGGAGAGCCUCUCCUCCUUGCCCAAUGGCCCAUCCAGCUUCGACGGCGCAGACAAGCUGCACAAGGAGGGGCUGUAUGACUCGGAGCCGCUGAUCAAUGGGGGGUACCCGUACAACAACCAGAAUACGCUGCGGAGCAUGAUGGGGCGACACCCCCAGCCCCUGCUGAGCCAGAUCCGGCCCUCGGUGUCUGCUCAGGAGAACCUGUCCGACUACCGGCAGCAGCAACCCGGCUUCCCUGAACCCGGCUGGCUGCAGCCCCGGCCGCCGGCAGCCACACAGCCCUACCUGUACGGCUUUGACUCCAACGACAUGUACCACUCUCAGUCCUACCCAGCCACCGAGCCGGGCCUCCAGCUCCCCCAGGCGCCGGCACGGAGCUCCAGCAGCCGGGAGGCCGUGCAGAGGGGCCUCAACGCCUGGCAGCAGCAGGGCGGCAGCAGCGGCGGGAGCAGGCCACCCUCCCGCCAGCAAGACGGAGGCCUGGAAAGCCAAAGCCCUAGCGUCUCCAGUUCGAGCCCCCAGCCCAGCCCCUUGCAGGUGGCCCCCCCUCCGAGCCACAGCAUCCCUGAGUUCCCCCGGGUGGCCUCCCCGAAGGAGAUCGAGCAGUCGAUAGAAGCACUGAACAUCCUCAUGCUGGACCUGGACCCGUCUGUCUCGACACUGCACAAGUCCCAGAGCGGCCCCAUGGCCUCCGCAGAGGACCAGCCCGGCCCAGUGGUCUCCUCUCUGUCUGCCCAGCCAGUGUUGGGCCUUCCUAGCCAGGCGGCCCCUCAGGUGACCCAGCCAAGACCCAGCAACGCCUUCGGAGCCAUGCCGGCGAGUGUGUCCCACAACGCCAUGGGCACUGCUGUCACCCAGCCCCCACCGGCUUCUGAACUGCUGUCCAAAGCCUAUCUGCCAGGACUGCCGGCCCAGGAGGGCCGGGGUGCUGGCGAGCCAGAGUACAUGGGGCAGGAUUUGGGGGUGUCCUACUCGCCCUACGGACAUCAGAACCAGCAGCCUCCUGUGCCGCAGACAAGGAGCUACAGCCGCCCCCCGGGAAGCUCCCCAACCUCUCCCAUCCCUCCGGCAACAGCUUACAGCCCUGUGGGGCCUCAGCAGCCCCUGAUCAUGUCACCCCCCUCCCCCACAGCGACAGCCCAAGCCCAGAUGCCCCCAAAGGGAGUGGAGCAUCACCAAGAGCCUGCUAGACCCUCGGAAGAAGAGCCCUUGAACCUGGAAGGGCUGGUGGCCCACAGAGUAGCAGAGUACAACGCCAAACUGCGGGGGGUCCGGCAGAGCACGAAAGCCCCCCAUCCUCCUGUGCACCGACAAAGAUCCUUCUCCUUUGCUGGGGUGGAGUCACGGGACAAGUCCCCGGAGGAGCCCGGAGUGCCGAACCGAAGACGCACGACCAGCGACGGCCAGUACGAGAACAGUCCCCAGGAGCCCGGCACGCCUCGACGCCCCACUGCCCGGUCGCCGGUCCACAGCUUCUCACCAGAGGUGGUCAGCAGCAUCGCCGCCAACCCGGGAGGGAGGCCCAAAGAGCCUCAUCUCCACAGCUACAAGGAAGCCUUUGAAGAGCUGGAGGGGACCUCUCCAACCAGCCCACCCUCCAGCGGUGGUGAGAUCUCUCCCCCAACCCCUGCCUUUCCUGUCUCGCCGCAAACCCCUUACGGUCACCUGCUGCGCUCCCCACCCGGCCUGGCCAAGACCCCGCUGUCUGCAUUGGGAUUGAAGCCCCAUAACCCAGCCGAGAUCCUGCUGCAGCCGAAGGGAGAGCUAGAUGGGGAGGCAGUAGUUGAAUCUGAUGAAGGGCCCAGGAGCUAUGUGGAGUCAGUGGCUCGCAAGGCGGUGGCGGGGGGCAUGGGGGCUCCCCAGAGUCCCCCAACUCCGCAGGCCUACAGCACUGAGAUGCCCAUGAGGAAUGGGGCCUUCAUGAACUCCUUCACUGCUCCCAGCCCCAUCUCCACCAGCAGCCCCAUUCACAGCAUGGACGGGGUGUCGAUCCGCAGCUACCCGUCCGAGAGCAGUGGCCACAGCACCACCUCACCCCCGCGGCCCUCGGCCGAGUCCAGCUUCCAGGUGCCGUCGGCACACAGCAGCUACCAAAACGCCUCGCCGGCGUCCUUCAGCCAGGGGGGCUAUGCGAGCCCCGAGUACCCCGACGGCCGAGCCGGUGCGAGGCCGCAGCCCCAGGUCAGCGUGGUGGGUGUUCACGUCCUGCCGGGGAGCCCCCACACCCUUCACAGGACAGUGGCCACCAACACGCCGCCAAGCCCUGGUUUCGGGCGAAGAGCACUUGAUCCCGGCACAGCGGCUGCUUCCGGGAGCCCCAGCCUGGGCAGGCACAUCAUGUACGGCUAUUCCGCCCCAGAGGAGCAGCGUCCCACGCUGUCCCGGCAGAGCAGCGCCUCGGGGUACCAGCCCCCCUCCACUCCAUCAUUCCCCGUCUCCCCAGCCUACUAUCCCGGCCUGAGCAGCCCGCAGUCCUCCUCCCCGGACUCCGCCACCUACCGGCAGGGCAGCCCCACACCGCAGCCGGUGCUGCCCGAGAAAAGGAGGAUGUCGGCCGGGGAGCGGUCCAACAGCCUGCCUAACUACGCCACGGUGAAUGGCAAGAUGUCCUCACCCAUCUCCAGCGGCAUGUCCAGUCCCAGCAGCGGGAGCAGCGUGGCCUACCCACACACCCUGCCUGACUUCUCCAAACUCUCGCUGCCAGACAGCAGCCCCGAGACCCGGGCCAACGUGAAGUUUGUCCAGGACACCUCCAAGUAUUGGUACAAGCCGGAGAUUUCCAGGGAGCAGGCCAUCACACUACUGAAGGACAGGGAGCCCGGAGCCUUCAUUAUCCGAGACAGCCACUCCUUCCGGGGAGCCUACGGGCUGGCCAUGAAAGUGGCCUCUCCGCCUCCCACCAUCCUGCAGCAGAACAAGAAAGGAGAUAUAACCAAUGAGCUGGUGAGGCAUUUCCUGAUCGAGACCAGCCCGCGGGGGGUGAAGCUAAAAGGAUGCCCCAACGAGCCCAACUUUGGAUGCCUGUCGGCUCUGGUGUACCAGCACUCCAUCAUCCCACUGGCCUUGCCCUGCAAGCUGGUCAUUCCCGACCGAGAUCCCACAGACAAAACGAAAGAGGCAGCCUCAGCCGCCAACUCAGCAACAGACCUGCUCAAGCAAGGAGCUGCAUGUAACGUGCUCUUCAUCAACUCCGUGGAGAUGGAGUCGCUGACGGGCCCGCAGGCCAUCGCCAAAGCCAUCAGCGAGACGCUGGCCCUGGCGCCCACGCCUGCCGCCACCAUCGUGCACUUCAAAGUCUCCGUGCAGGGAAUCACCUUGACGGACAACCAGAGAAAAUUGUUCUUCAGACGACAUUAUCCCCUCAGCACUGUCACCUACUGCGACCUGGACCCCCAGGAACGAAAAUGGACUAAAUCAGACGGCGGAGGUCCCGCAAAGCUCUUUGGCUUCGUAGCCAGGAAGCAGGGAAGCACAACGGACAACAUUUGUCACCUCUUCGCCGAGCAGGAUCCUGACCAGCCGGCCACUGCCAUCGUCAAUUUCGUGUCAAGGGUCAUGCUUGGCUCCGGCCAGAAGAGAUGAGCCGCUGGACACGGGUAGUUCUUGCCCUUGAAUUUUGGAGAAGGACUUGGAGUUGAUCCGAGAAGGAGUGCGAGGAAGUGCAUUGUGGGAGAGGGAAGUGAAUCGGGGGGAAACGGUCUGAAUUGUGGAAGAAAAAAACCCUCACCCAAUUGUCACAAAGCAAAACUAAAGGAAGCGAUGUCAGCGCAUUUCCCAUCGCAGGGAAUGUGACCAGCACAACGGCCAGGAGUCAGAGGAGUGGAACCGGGUUGGCUUUUGGAUCAGGAUCCCUGCGGGGGGUUUCAAGUGGCGAAUUCAUCCCGGGUCAUAGUGGGAACGUUUGCGGCCCUGCCAUUUGAAAACCAGCAACUCUGUUUGCAAAUGUCAGUCGUUUGUUUUAAAUAACCAUGGCUAACCGAUCGAACAAAAGGCAGGUCUGCAGGACCCCCCCUCUCCCGUCCCCAGGGCCUUACCCAUUGGAACAGCUUACCAAGGGCAGUGGUGGGCUUUCUCCAUCUCUGGCCAUUUUUAAAUCAAGAUGAUAUGUUUUGCUAAGAGAUCUGCUUUGGUUGAAGCAAGAAUGAAUUCUGGGCAGAUCUCUGCCCUGUGUUAUGCAGGAGGUCAGACUGGAUCUCAGUGGUCCAUUCUGGCCUUAUGACCUAUGUGCUAGAGCAGUGGUUUUCUACCAGUGCUUUGCAGACCCCGGGGGUGGGUGGGGGCCUGCAGACUAUGUCUAAGAUUUCCAAAAGGGUUUGCAUCCCCAUUUGGCAUUUUUUAGGGGUCCGUAAAUGAAAACAGGUUGAAAACCACUGUGCUCGAGUGAUCAGGCAGGAAAAAAAGGAUGUUCAAUAACCCUUUAACCUUCCCUUCUCUGAGGUCUGCAACUCCUGUGUAUAUGAAGUGUGUGUGGGGAUGUCAUACAUGUACAUCCCAGCAGCGGGGUUUAUAAAAAGCCUGUAGCCCCCUAGCAACUCCCUUUGGUCUCUGUGCUGCACGCCACAGCCCAUCAGGAUUUCCUGGCAGCAGAACCUAGGCCACUUGAGGGAAAGGGGACGCGCUGGUUAGCGGUAUAGGAUCUUUGACACACAAGUGCGCAGUUCUGAUUCCAUCCAGUACAGGGCGGUGGUGACGCAUAAACACUAGGCAGUUCUUAUACACCCACGGAGUUGCAUACCAGUUUGCCCUUCACUAACUGCAUUCAGGAGCAUGUUUCCAAAGGUCAUCUUCACCAGAAAGGUCUUCUGGCCUAUACAGUGGGGUCUGUAGUACCUGUCCUUUACCCUGUAUUUUCGCCUGCAGACUGUCACGUGUUCUCUUAAAGACGAACAUACUAGAAGCGGACACAGGUCUGGUCGAGCUUGGUCUCUUCUCCUUCUGUAGACGUACAAGUGAUUUGUUCAUUGCAUGGACAUUUGGUUGCGCGAAAGGCAAAUAAGUAUAAAGAAAACUCAGGCAUUUUUGGAGGCCACUAAAAGAAAAGACCCUGCAGUCUGUGGGCGGCUUUGGCUCUGCCGGAUUCUCUCAGCUGAUCCAAAAGCCAAGAGAUCUCAUGGCCGGAUUUGGUCCUCAGAUGCUCUGCCCUGCGGUGGCUUGGAGCUCUGAAUGUAUUGUAGUUUAGUAGCGACCCAGGAGGCGUAAGCUUUGCUUUGGCUUCAGGAGGCCAUAGGCCCUAGACUUUGCACUGAGAUGCUGACUCACAAGAGAGAUCGACCAGCCUUGCAAAUGGGAAUAGAUUAGGCCAAGUUCCCAGCCUUGCAAAUCCUGCAACGAUCUCCUGUCUGCCUGGGCCUUUCCAUAGGGAACAAAGUGGUGUGGUAAAACCAUGCAUUACCCACAGAUAAAGGCUCUUGUCCUCUCCCUGACUCCACACGGGGCCCUAUGGGGCGAUCUUUCUUUAGUAUCUGGCUCUGUGUAGCUCGGGUGAGAUAGGAGCCCCCAGAGGAUAGUCCAGGCAGUUAAGAGAUGUUUCUCCUUCUCCCUGGGGAGUGGUUGUGUAGUUAGCCAGGUAAAAUUAUGCAGGUUUCUUCCUCUGACAGAGCUGAUAUUGGCCAAUCCCAGGAGGCAGUGUAGCAGAUUGGAUGGGCCAACGCGUUCUUCCCGUGUGGUAAAUCUUAGGGGUGUAUUUUUCUUUUUUUAAUGCUUAGUUCAAGCUAGAGCUGAGCUCCAAGCUAUGAACAGCCCUGCCGCCUCCCCAAGCCCAAACACUCCCCAGUUCUGGGGGCAUUCCAAACCCAGAUCUCCAUGGAUCUACAGUUUGCACCCAGCUCUGGGGAACCCUAAAAAUUUGCAUUGACAUCCAAUCUCCCAAGAAUCUUUCUGCGGCUUUUGGAAAAUGCAGUAAGCAGCUUGAAUUGCUCAGAUAUGGUCAAAGGUGUUAGGGGAUGGGGGAAGCAGGAGAGAGAGGCCUUUCCUUGUUUGUGCCACAUUUCAGUGCAAGGUUAUGUGAUACAGGCUGUUAAUAAAACCAAAAACCACCCAAGAUCUGUAAACCAUCUAAAAUAUUGCAACCACCUGGAUUCCCCCAGAGCACUCUGCUCUCUCAUACAGAGGCAGUGUCCUGAUAUAUAUAAUAUAUAUAUGAAAUAUACUGAAAAAUACUGUAAGCUAAUCAAAUUUUUAAAAAGGGUAAAAUUUACACAAAAAUAUUUAUUUUUUGCCAUAUUGCUUUAUGUGUAUCUUAUCUCCUCCAUUAUAUAUGGCCCCCCCCCCCGUCCACAUAUAGACUACUGUACGUAUAACUCACAGUAGAGUGUAACAGGCGAAUGUGGUUUAUUUUGGUUAUACCAGUGACAUGGGCAAAAGAGCGCAGUGCCCCUUUAGACCCCGCCCCCCCAAGGAGCAGCGCGUAUGAUUGGUCCCCCACCCCUUUUCCCUGUUGAACAUGGAAAUUUGCUAGCGCCUGGAGCAAGUUAGCAUGUGAGGCGUGUGAGUUUGAAACCGUUGCCAAGUGACAUGAGGGUUGGCGGCGUGCGCGGAUGUGUGUGAGCGCGUGUGUGUGUGUGAGGGCCACAGCUGCGUGAGCAUGCGCAGGGCUCUUUCGUUUCUGGAUACUGGAUGAGGGUUAGAUUUGCGUCAGGGAGGUAUUGGGCGACUGGUACUGGGAUGGGGUGGGAGUGGUCACUUUAUGACGUCCGCCAGGGCCCCGUGUUCCAGCCCACCCCGCUGUAUAGGAUGUUGAGAUAUUUUUUAUUUUAAGUUGUUAAAAAGAAAUGCCCUUCUUCUGCAAAAUUCAGGCAAGAGGAACCCCUCACUUGUAACCGUCUCACCCUGCCAUUAACCGAUUAGACAAACACUGUGUUUAUAGAUAUUUAAAUAUAUAAAGGUAUAUUUUUUGAAAGUCUCUAUUUUUCAGACUUCAUUUUUCUCACAGCUAAAGCUAAUUUUAUUAUUUUGUUUUAAUCUGCUGUCCUUCCCCGGGAAUUGGGGCUUGAGCAUUAAAUGCAUAUUUUUUCCCCAUAAAAUGAACCCAUAUUAAGGCAUCGAGCAAUCUCAUCUAUAAAACGAUCACAGCAGAUACCCGAUAAUGACAGAACGCUUGCUUCCAGCUGUGGCCGGCAACGGCUCGUUACUAACUCACCAGCUGAAGACAGAAGGUUUAGACUUUGUCAGAAUCUCUAACGCUAAAAUCACCAUUGAUUAUAUUUUUAACACAAAGCUAAUCAUCUUGCAAGUGACAUAGGCAGGCGUUUUCCAGCUUCCAUUUAAGACCUUUUUUUGAAAAAAAAAAUAGUUGCAUUUUAUGGGUAACUUCUUUCUGUCAUCCCUGAUUUCCCGAGCCAGACCGUCAGCUAGUGUAAAUUGGAGUAGUUCCACUGAUCUCUGUGAAACUACUAAGCUAGGCAAAAACCUGGCUUCACCGGCCAAGGUUUAUAUUUUUCUUUCCUAAAGGGUCUGAGAAGAUUCUUUGUGUUUUUAAAAAUGCAGUCACAGUAUUUGAGAUUGAUGUUGAUGCAAUUUAUCCCAGCGGAUGUAUCCUAAUAAUCACACUGCCGUUUUUUUCAGCAGCAGAUGUUAUAUCUCUCACACACACGCAGACACUCACACCUACUCCAUGCACAAGGAACUGCAUAUAUUCUUGCCAAAGAUAUCCUUUAAAAUGCACUUUUCCCAGCCAGUUUUGUUUUAUUUUGUAAAUUGAUUGUAUGUGCUCUUUUCCCCUCCCCACCAAGAACCCCUUUGCUGGCGAUUUUGUUGUGUGCAUUAGUAAACUCUGAUUCCCGGAGCGCCCGGCUGAUGUUAAUUUUAUGUAACUCUAUAUUCCAGUAGAGUCGGAGACUCUUAAAAUAGUUGACACAAGAUAUCCUGAUUUCUUUAGCUGCAGACUGAGUGAUGACAGCAGCAGGUCAGUCAAUUCUCGUCACGCCUCUCCUGGCCUUCCCUUCUCAAACCCCUUCUUCCUUAAAGAACCCCGGAGACCAAGCAACAUGCUGUAGUUGCUUGUGUCUGGUGGCCUUUCAAACAAACUGCUAUUUAUGUCUCCUCCAUAUCUUACUGCUCAAGAAACUCCCUCCCCACCUCCCCCAGAAAGGGAAAUUGGAAUGCCUCUGGGCUUCUGAUCGAAAAGCUGUUAAAGUCAAGGGGUGUCUUCCCAUUGAUUGACGAGCUUUGGCCUGGUCUACAGUGGAGGGGGGAGGGGUGAGAGAUACGCAACUUCAGGAAUUCAGCUGAAGUCGACGUAUCUUAUUUCGACUUACCUCCCGUCGACGCGGGAGCAGGAUCGACAGCCACGGCUCCCCCGUGGACUCCGCUACUGUCGCAAGCCCUGGUGGAGUUUCGGAGCUGACAGGAGCGCGUUUGGGGAUCGAUAUAUCGUGUCUAGAUGAGAGACGAUAUAUCGAUCCCCAAUAAAUCGAUAGCUACCUGCUGAUAUGGCGGGUAGUCUGGACAUUCCCUAAGAUUCAGAAUCUUAAAUAUACAAACAUCCACUGAGUGUAUUGUCAUCCCUCAUUACGAACGUCCCUUCGUGGGAUCCAAAUUGUGCCUAGCUCCCUAUUUACCACCUGGCUAACCCAAACUUCAGACAACUUUGGCUCUACAUCCAGGGCACGUCAUUGGCCAUCAUGGCGUUGAUCAGUACACCGGCCUUGAAUAACCCAGAAUCAAAACACUUGAGCUAGGCUUUGGGAUCUCUCCUGGAGCUCUGGUGAAGGUUGGUAUAAAAACAGAAUCAGUUUAAGACAGCGUCCAUUCCUGGAAUUGAACUGUUUCUGAGUUUCAGUAAAUGCAGAACCUUCCCCACUGUAUCCAUGCCCUCUUCUCCCAUUCCCAUGCGGCCCUCUUUCCUGGCUGGGGCUGGGACUGGAGCUCUUCUCCCUGCAGAACCCAGCACAUUCUUGUGAGGUUCCCAUGUCCAAUUUCUCAGCUUACCGAGGCUUGGGCGAAGGAAUUGAACUGUUGGGAACUUAUCGGAACCAGAUGAGUUUAGAGAUUUGCCCUGCACUUGUUGGUGUCUUUUUACUCUGUUCCUUCCCUGCUCCCAACUCUGGUAAUGCAAACAGGAACUGCACACAUAGAACAAGAGAAGUCAACAUAACACAAGCUUCAUACCUUCCCCCCAUUCAUCAACAUAAUGGAGCCACAUUUGGCACUGACUCACGGCCCCCUCCCUCCUCCCGUAAAAAUGAGCAGCCCCAAACUAGAGGUCAGAGCAGUCAAUUUGGAUCCUGAGUCACCUGAAUCUGCAUGUCUUUGUUUUCCCAUCUAAAAUAUGGACACAACACCUUCCCCCAUACUGGGGUUUGGGGCUGAUCUUGUGCUCACUGAAAUCAAGGGCAAAACUCCCAUUGGCUCUACUGGUGCAGAUCCUCAAUCCUUGAGGUGAAUGUUUGGAAAGCACCCGGAGUGUUUCCUUUAAAAGGCACUGCAGGGGUGCAAAGUAUUAUUUAAACAAACCCUCAGCCUCAUAAAUAAUCCAGCUGUUAAAAACCUGCUAGUAAAACUGACAGGAAAAUCGUGCAGCAAAGUGGGCUGGUAUUUUUUGUUUUGCUAACUCGGUUGUUUUUUUGUUUGUUUUUUUUUUAAAAAUCACUUUUUUUUUCCAAUAUUUUAUUUGCUGUUGUGUUGCCACUGUUGUCGAUUUGGGAAUGUUACAAAUGUAUUUGCUGAUCAGUGUUAACGAACAGUUUAAAAUAACUUGCCUUCAGUUUGCAUCAUGUCAAGUUUGUUUUAAAAAAAUGUAUGAAACACAAAGGAGAAAAAAGCGAAUUUCCCAUUUCGGUGUAUUUAUAGUGAUGGAAAUAUACUUUAUAUUUUUCAUCUUUGUGCCCAUAACUUUGUCACUUGUAUAAAGGCGACCUAUGUUACUCAUUGUCCAUGUGUGAAUGUGCACUACACCCCUCCUCUAGCCGUUUUUCCUCUCCUUUGUACAGAGGGCUGAUUCUUUGCAGUUCAUUGUAUGGCUUUAUAAGCGAUAAAAGAAUCAAUUAUAUAUAAUAUACUGUUGCUUGGAAUGCCAGCUCGGGGUCUGGAUCGCUGGAAUUGUAUCUCAAAAUUUAAGGGAGUGCAGGAAUAAAUGCUCUGUUCUUUUUGCGCAGGGAAAUCUA